AUGCGGGGAGUGCAGGUCUUCGCAGGGGGUUCACAUCCCCUCCUCACUGAGACAGUCUGCGAGAGGUUAGGUACUUCACCUGCCAAAGUAGACCUUGGAAAAUUUAGCAAUGGCGAGACCAAUGUAAAUGUUGGUGUCUCAGUGCGAAAUCAAGAUGUGUACAUCAUCCAGAGUGGCAGCGAGAAGAUCAAUGACAGCGUCAUGGAGCUGUUGAUCAUGAUCUCAGCUUGCAAGGGAGGCUCUGCAAAGUCUAUCACAGCGGUUAUGCCGUACUUCCCAUAUUCCCGCCAAUCCAAGAAGAAGAGCCAUCGUGGCUCCAUCACCGCGCGUAUGCUGGCAAAUCUCCUGACAGUCGCUGGGGUCGACCAUGUGAUUACUUUGGAUCUCCAUGCAUCCCAAAUGCAGGGAUUCUUCGCUAAGCCCGUCGACAACCUCUUUGCUGAGCCUUUUAUUGCACGUUGGAUCCGUAACAAUGUUGCCGGCUGGAGGGAGGCUGUUGUCGUAAGCAAAAACGCCGGGGGAACUAAGCGUGUAACGUCAUUGGCAGAUACACUGAAACUCAACUUUGGCAUCGUUACAACAGACAGACGUCGCCCCAAGCCUGGGACGACUCUGGCUGAUAGCACGGUUUUCUUUGAAGCUUUGGACCAGGAAUCUACACCACUACCCAAAAUUCAAGACCCGUUCGUUGCUCGGACUCACAGUGAAAGUAUUGGCGCUUCGCAAUCAGGGGAAUCACACCCUGAUAUGAAUGAAGUUGACACAUUCAGUACUUUGCGCCCGGAAACCCCAUCAGGUGCCCGACGACCCUCGGAGUUGGAAGCUGUAAAUGAAUACACCGAUGUUCGGGUUCGGGAUGUGAUCACCGGGCGACUUGUACAAGGCCACCUUGUUGACGAUGAUUAUCCGCCGUCCGGACCUACUUCGGUGCCGGCAUCCGGGGAUGCAACUCCAGGGCAGCCUACCGGUGCGGAUAAUGGUGAAGCAAUGCAAGAUUCAAUGAUGGAUUCUAUCCUAUCGACUACGUCGUCGUUACCUGGUGAUCAUGCUCUGGGUGGAUCAUUCGACGCCGCCGACUCUUCCGACGACGAAGAAGAAGGCAGCGUCGGCCGUAUCCCCGAAAAAGAGAAGACAAUCACAUUGGUCGGAGAUGUACGAGAUAGAACUGUGUUCCUCGUUGAUGACAUGAUCGACAAGUCAGGAUCAUGGAUUGCGGCAGCAGAAACUGUAGUCAAACGCGGCGGGGCCAAGAAGGUCUACUGCAUCGCUACCCACGGACUCUUCGGGGACUCAUCCCUUGAACAAAUGGAGGCGUGCGCGUCUAUUAACUACAUUGUUGUCACUAAUACUUUCCCAAUAUCUCCGCAAGUGGCUCAAAAAUCUAAGAAAUUGAUUGUCAUUGAUAUCUCAAGCCUUAUAGCUGAGAGCAUAAGACGCCAUCACUAUGGUGAAAGUGUCUCGGCCUUGUUCCACCUCAAUGACUGA